AUUGGCGUAGAAAUUGAAACACAAAGUUCCACUACCUCGGACAAUGCGACCGACUGCGCCACGCUUCAGGGGGACGCUGUGGGAGUCCGACCAUCCGUGCGCGCCCGCCGUGAGGAGCCGACCCGGCCCGGGCCCGCCGGCCCCGCACGGCCUCCUGCUAUGGGUCCUCCUUGGGCUGCUGACGCUGCCCUGCUGCGUCCGGUGCGUGGUCUUCAGAGUCGGCGUGCUGGGCCCCUGGAACUGCGACCCCGUGUUCCAGCGCGCGCUGCCCGCCGCCGCCGCCCGCCUCGCCGUGGCCCGGGUCAACGCGGACGCGAGCCUGGACCUGGGCCUGACGAUGGCGGUCGUGGUGCUGCAGGAGCCCUGCGAGACGUCCAGGGCGCUCACCGCCUUCAUCGGCUACGAGGAGGCGGCGGACGCGCUCCUGGGCCCCGCCAACCCGGGCUACUGCGUCGCGGCCUCGCUGCUCGCCAAGAACUGGGGCCGGGCCCUCUUCUCUUACGCGUGCCUCAGCUACGAGCUGGACCGCGCCACGGGCUACCCGACGUUCGCGCGCACGGCGCCGUUCCCCAUCGACGCGCUGUUCGCCGUGCUGCGGCACUUCAGGUGGGCCGGCGUGGCGGUGGUCUCGUCCGACGAGGACAUGUGGGUGAACACCGCCGGCCGGGUGGCCACGGCGCUGAGGAGCCGCGGGCUGCCCGUCGGCCCCGUCGCGUCCGUGGGCUCCAACGAGACGCAGGCGGAGAGCGCGCUGGGCCGGAUCCAGGCCGCGGGGGAGGUCAGAGUCAUCCUCAUGUGCAUGCACUCCGUGCUGGUUGGGGGCGAGCAGCAGGCCACGUUCCUCCUCAAAGCGCGGGAAAUGGGCAUGACGUCGGGCCAGUACGUGUUCGUGCCCUUCGACACGCUCCUCUACAGCGUGCCCUACGGCGCCAACGUCUCCGCCGCGGCGCUGCGGAACGACAGCGGCCUGCGGGAGGCCUACGACGCCGUGCUCACCGUCACCGUGGCCUCCGAGCCGCGCUCCUUCACCGAGGCGUUCGCCGCGGCCCAGAGGAGCGAGGAGCUGACGGUGGCCGCGCGGCCGGAACAGGUGAACCCAAUUUUCGGGACCAUCUACAACAGCAUCUACCUGCUGGCCAAGUCCAUCCACAGCGCCAGGAGAGCCGGCGUCGCGCUGUCGGGCUCCAACCUGGCCUUCUUCACGCGCAACGCGACCUUCAGCGGGUUCAACCAGAAGGUCAAGGUGGACAACACCGGGGAGGUCAAGACCAACUACGUCGUCCUGGACACGGACAACAGCGACGGCGGGCGGCUGUACCAGACGUACGCCGUGGACCUGACGACCGGAGCGCUCCGCUUCGCGGGCAGGUCCAUCAAUUUCCCGGGAGGGUCCCCGCCGCCGUCCGACUCCAGGUGCUGGUUCGAAAAGAACACCGUCUGCACGGGAGGUGUGGAGGUCACCUACAUCAUAGUGGUGUUGGCGGUCAUCUUGACUCUGGCCGUCGGAGGGCUCGCCAUCAGUUUUUAUGUCAGGCGGCGGCUCCAACAAAUCCAGCUGGUGAAAGGUCCCAAUCGGAUCUUGCUCACCGUGGAGGAUCUCACUUUUAUCAACCUCCAGCUUAGCAAAAAGAGAAUCACCCUGGAAGAUCUGAGCGAGUCAAAGAGCCACCUGGAGGAGAAGUCUGCAGACCACUCGCACUCCAUGAACAGCAUGCAGACGGCAACUCACGACACCACCAACGUAGCCGUGUACGAGGGCGACUGGGUUUGGCUGAAGAAAUUCGAGGAGGGGCAGUUCAGGGAGGUGAAGCAGAGCACCACGAAGAUCUUCACAAAGAUGAAGGACCUGAGGAACGAGAACGUCAACCCGUUCCUGGGCUUCUACUUGGACUGCUCCGUGUUCGCCGUGGUGACGGAGCACUGCUCGCGCGGCAGCCUGCAGGACCUGCUGAGGAACGAGGACGUCAAGUUGGACUGGAUGUUCAAGUCCUCACUCCUGCUCGACCUCAUCAAGGGUAUGAAAUACCUCCACCUCAGAGACUUCGCCCACGGCAGACUAAAAUCCAGAAACUGUGUGGUAGACGGGCGUUUCGUCCUCAAGAUUACUGACUACGGCUUCAAUGAGCUGCUGGAAUCCCAGAAAGCUCCAAUGGAAGAACGGCCGCCUGAAGAUCUCUUUUGGACAGCUCCGGAGUUCUUGAGGGACCUGGCGAUCUCACGCAAAGGGACCUACAAGGGAGACGUGUACAGUUUUUCUAUCAUCCUCCAAGAAGUGGUGGUCAGGGGGCCGCCGUACUGCAUGCUGGGUCUUCCGCCUGAAGAGAUUAUCCGCAAGGUGAAGAAGCCUCCUCCGAUGUGCCGCCCCACCGUGGCGCCGGACCAGGCUCCGCUAGAGUGCAUCCAGCUGAUGAAGCAGUGCUGGAGCGAACUGCCCGACCGCAGACCGAACUUUGGCGAGAUCUUUGACAGGUUCAAGAUCAUCAACAAGGGUAAAAAGACCAACAUCAUCGACUCCAUGCUGAGGAUGCUGGAGCAGUACAGCUCCAACCUGGAGGACCUGAUCAGAGAGAGAACGGAGGAGCUGGAGGUGGAAAAGCAGAGGACGGAGAAACUGCUGUCUGAGAUGCUCCCACCCUCUGUGGCCGAGGCGCUGAAGACCGGCGCCACGGUGGAGCCCGAGUACUUUGACCAGGUGACGAUCUACUUCAGCGACAUCGUCGGCUUCACCACCAUCUCCUCGCUCAGCGAUCCCAUCGAGGUGGUCGACCUCCUCAACGACCUCUACUCCCUGUUCGACGCCGUGCUCAGCAGCCACGACGUCUACAAGGUGGAGACCAUCGGCGACGCGUACAUGGUCGCAUCUGGUUUGCCAAAGAGAAACGGCAACAAGCACGCCGCCGAGAUCGCCAACAUGUCCCUGAACAUCCUCAGCUCAGUGGGAACCUUCCACAUGAGGCACAUGCCGGACGUGCCCGUCAGGAUACGAAUAGGAAUCCACUCAGGGCCCUGUGUUGCCGGGGUGGUCGGUCUGACCAUGCCUCGCUACUGCCUUUUCGGGGACACCGUCAACACCGCCUCUCGUAUGGAAUCCACUGGGCUGCCUUACAGAAUCCACGUGAACAUGAGCACGGUGAAAAUCCUCCAUUCUCUCAACGAGGGCUAUAAAAUAGAAGUGCGGGGCAAGACGGAGCUGAAGGGUAAAGGUAUCGAGGAGACAUACUGGCUUGUGGGGAAAACAAACUUUACAAAGCCUUUGCCAAAACCACCGGAGAUCAAACAAGGGGACAACUGGCAGGAGAUGGUGACCGAGGAGAUCAAGACCCUUUUUCGCAGGGCCAACAGGCAGGUGGACAAGAAGAUGUGAAUGAGCGAAGAGAGGAGGACACGUUCAGAGGGCUGCGGGACGGGGGCAGGCAGAGGACAGAGGACACCGCCGCCGCCGGCCCCCAGCCUCUCGCCGGGGCUUAACGCAGGACUUGUUUAAGAGGAUUUGCCCGUCGACCGGCUAAUCUGGCUGCAGCCAGCGCAGCAGAACACGACGAGGCGCCCUAAUGUAAUGAGAGCUGCCCCUCGUUCAACCUGCCUCUCGUACAUCCGCUGCCGGAGGGAGCGCGCGGCAGGGCGCAGCCCACCCCUCAAUGAAGGGUGCUCUCGUCCACUCCCUCUCCGCACACACUGGCCACUGAGUGGUCACCUAUUCCGGGGGCAAACCCGAGCUUCAACCCCAUCGGAAGAUUGAACGCCCCCCCGCCCCCAAAUGCCUAAUUCCAAAAUGAAAUGUGUUUUUUUGUUUUUUUGUUUUUUUGUCUGGGGAUAAUAAUGCUCAUAAUAGAGUCGUGGAGCCGAGGCUGUUACUUAUAGCUAGGACCAAAUAUUAUAUUAUCAUUAUUGUUAUUAGCACUCCAAAGGUUGGAGGGCGGAGGCUGCUAUUGCAUGUUAUAAUCCAAAAGGACAAGGAGAAAUGUGCUAUUUGUAUUUCUCUUCUAGAGCAGAACGAGGAGGAGGAGUCAAUAAACGCCCAUUGCUAUAUCAUUUUUUUUUUUUGCUGUCAAACCUUAUUUUGAUUAUCACAACUGAAAGGACAAUGCAACGACAGCAGUGAUGAUGAUGAUGAUGAUUCUUUUUCUUUUAACAUGCACUUCUAUAUACACAUGUUGUCAC